GACAAGCCUCUCAUCAUGAACCGCUUGCCAGUCGAAAUAAAGCAAAUGAUUGCUGACGUGGUAAGAACAGUGACGUUUGCAUUGUAUUAAUGAACCCCUCUAACCGCAUCUGCUGGAUCGGCGAUGUGUCGCGGGAUUCCCUGCGGGAUUUAUCGCAGGUGAACCAUGAGUGGCACGAGAUUGCCGGACCUGGCGUCUAUGGAACCCUCCUUAUCCACCUAGAGGCCAAGAAGCCAGCUCAUCUUGACCGCGUGAUUCGGCUUCUGGACGCUACCCUCAUUCUACCGCUUGUGAAACACGUGAUACUGUUGAAUAGAGAUACGAGGCGUUCCAUAGCAGCAGCGAAGGACGAGAGGCUCUGUCGGUAUCUACGCCAAAGUCCCCCGGAGGAUAUCAUCGUCCCCGGGUUGGGUGUAUACAUGGGGGAUUGGAACCCCAUCAUCCGCCUCGUGCAGCGGCUGACUUCGCUGAAGCGCUUCGAUUUCCUGAUUCACAUGUACUACCCGCCGGAACUGUUACAUGUUCUCGCCCAGGCGCACCCGCACUGCCGCGUAUCGGUAUCUCCCCGCUGCAGCUUCUACCCAGCGGAGGACUUCUCGCGGAAGAGAUGGGCUCAAUCUCCGGUGCUACAUGCGGUUCGGGUUAUCUACUACGAAGAUCCAGUCUAUGAGACCGUUCACACGGAGCAUCCCGAUCGCUCUCUGCGAGAUCUCCUACGCCAAGCGCCCCAUAUCAAGCAGGUGUCCUUGCAGAUCAGCCCGAAGACGCCAGGCAGCACACGGCAGAACUACACCAAAUGGCUCGAGUCCCGGCCGCCGGAGAGCGGAAUCGAUACCAGUCCUACGCGUGCGAGGCUGGAAAUCUUGUCAUUACCCUUAAGCACCACAAUGACCGGGGACGGGUUCCAAGCGUGGUCCCGGGUGACCGACCUGGGCUACCUGACUGCAUGGACGGCGGGCGCCCUAGAAGAGGAGAGCGCGCUGGCAGCCAUCACAGACCUGCAGCCCUUCCGCGCCCUCAAGCGUCUCACCAUCUCCCUCCAGCCGCCUGCAGACUCUCUACCCUCAUGGUCCCAGACCAUUCAGGCGAUGUUCGACUCGCUUCCGCCGCUGACGUAUCUCUGCCUUCUGGGCACGUACGAUCCGACGAUUCUCCCCACUGCCGUCCUCGACCGCCAUGGCUCGACGUUGGUCGAGUUGAAGCUGCAUCGUGAGACCCCCAAGUACCAAAGCUACGAGUCCACCCGGCUGGCGCAAAAGGGUCAGAUCGCCCCGAUGUUUCCCGCGGAUGCGAUUCGCCGGAUGGCAGUCCGCUGCCCGAGGCUGAAGACGCUGCGCAUCUGCGUGCAGCGCCACCGGGGCCACCCCACCGAAACGGAGGCCUACAAGGCCCUCGGCGAAUUCCCGGCGCUGGAGACACUGGACCUCGUUCUCAACUGCCUCCCGGUGGUGCAGAACGACGGGACACCCUUCCCGCCGCGCGCGCUGAGUGAGUACGAGCAGGGGCACAACCAGGACCACGUGCCCAGAUGGAUUCUCCGGGACUGUGCCAUCAACUGCGCGAUCGACGCCCCGCUGGCCGCGGCCAUCUUCAAGCGUAUCCACCCGCGGCCGCAGAGGGGCACUCUGCGACUGCUGCGCCUCCACCCGCUCGCAGGCCACCACGGUCAGUAUCGGGUGGCCCCUGAAAUAAGAAACUCACAGGCUCUUCUUGCGCGCGGGUAUCUCAACUUUCAGGUCAUGGGGAAGUGGCAGGUCGCUUGGGAUGGUGCCGGUUGGCUGCGGCCCCGAAACCGUGAGACAGCACGCUGGGAGGGAAGGAGAUCAGCAGUGACGAGCGCGGAUCUUGAGAUCUUUGAGUCUAUUUGGCCGUUGGCCCGGGCAACCAAGGAUUGGCCGUUAGACUGGCAGAGCUGGCCUCUGCAAUAGAGACGCACUUCUUUUUUGUUCUUUGCCUCGACAAGCUCGUAAUCGAGGCACCAAGUAGGAACGAAAAUAGCAGCCAGUAGCCGGUCCAGUUGUCGGGUGUGAAACAGUCUACAGCACGAGUCGCUCUGUAUGAUCCGUACUCAUAGACAGGCUGUCUUCACGUUGUAUGUGGUUUCAUCUAUCGGUCAUGUGCGAUCCUUUAAACGUAGUGUAGACUGAUGAAAAGAUAUACGACCCGGCCCAAGCAAAGUGGAUUAUUCUACUGGCAGAUUUGUCCCUUGUUUAGGCAUGAUAUGAACCCGAAGACAUAGGGUUGGCAGCUGAGGACAGAGUUAUAGUGACUCGACCGCGCUACUAUUGUUCCUCACUACUAGUCAUACAAAAAGCUCCCGUCUCCAUGAUCGAGCCGCCAGAUGAUAUAUACAACACCCCCUCAUUUACAUAUACUGAAUCGCUGCAUUCUGAUAUCUAACGCAUCACAC